CGUCAGAUUUCCAUCUACCCACUGUAUCGGAGAGAUCGGAUGCUGAGCUUAUCAUCUUGCUGCGAGCACAAGGUGAUCGUGCCCUCCAGGCUGCUGAGCUGUGCAGGCACGGCAGACUCGAGCAGGCUGCGUGUGCUCGCGUCCAGGCCCCGCAGCUCGAGGAGCAGCGCCUUGCACUUGAGCUGCAGCAGCGAUCUCGUACUCGAGCAGGCGAACUCGACAAAGUCGGAGACGCCAGCAGGAACUGACACACAGACAGACAUUCGUAUACAGGUCUCUUUGUGUGUCUGCUUGAUCUUUCUCAGUGGGGCUAUGUACCCUCCAACCCACCCACCUGUGAGAUCGACAAUCAGUGUGGUCAUCUGAGGGAAUCCCUCUCUAGGCUCCCCUAUGUCGAUACCCCCGCUGCCCACCCCCCGAAUAUCCAUCGCAGCCACCAUGUCGAGCUCCCGCUCACACCCAAUCACCUUGAUCGCCUCAAACGCCUGUUGCACCGGCACAUCGCCCAGGACGCACAGCACCUGCAAGUUGGGCAUCCUGUUGGCCAGCUGGGUGCCGGCCGCCAAUGCCGUCUGCUUGUUGAGAACCAGCUCCGACACCUGCGGCAUCGGCUGGAUCUGCUCGAUGAUGGCGAGGGCAGGGGGGGCGGUGGCGGGGGCGGCCUGUGCAGGCUGGUCGACACCCAGCACAACCGCACUUGUGGCCUUGUUGAAUGCGAGGCCUCUGGCCAUGUCGAGCAUCGCAGGCGUGGGCGGGGUGGCGAGGUCGGACCACCUGAGGUCCACUCGCACCACAGUCGCCUGGUCUGCCAGCUGGCUCAUGAGGGUCUUGAGGACGGGGGAGGGGGCAGCGGGGAAGAAGGGGCGGUACAGGAGGUCCAGGUGAAACGACCCUAUGCUGAUGGAGACGCCCUCGAUGCACACCGCACUGGCGAAUGUCUGCAGGGCCUCGGCGAACUGGAAGACCCAGUUGCCCACAACCGUCGCGUCGAUGAACUUGACCUUCAGCGACUUGAGGGACCGACGACAGCCUCGUGACACGAGGACAGACCCCAGCACCUAAGGAAGGAAAAGUAUAGACACAGUAUGUAAGUAUCAUUGCAUCUGUUGUCCAUUUUGUGAUAGCCUGCUGACCUGCAACCUAGUGGACCAGACGUUCAACGCAACCAAAUUGUUCAUGUGGACGUUGGAGACCUCAAUCGGCCCGAUAUCCUCCAAGUUCGCCAGCGGCCCCGGCUGUCCCUCCUCUGCAGCAACGGGCACCUGCUCCAGCACCUCGGCCUUCUGGUCGACCGUCGAGGGCACGUCGAACACCCUCAGGCACUCCGACGAGCCGACGAGUGGCCCCAGCGUGUAGAUGUGCUCGUGCGCCUGCACCCGCUCCAGCGACGGGGCGCGCGCCAGCCGCGGUUGCCGAUGCCACGGUGAGGAUCUGGUCUGAUCCACUCGGUUGCAGUGAGGCCGAUGAUGGAUCUGAGGGCGGGGAGGGAGGGGGGCGAGGCACAGCUUGGGGGGAGGGUGGGGUUGGAGCGACCGACGGGGCACCAAAAGGCCGCGGGGCACAAAAGGCUCACCUGAAAUGUGAUUGUCGUGAGUGAGCCGUCGGGGAUGUCGGCCGCCUCUCCCCGCCUCUUCGCCUCUGCUCUCUUCUCCGCGACCAUGGCUGCGCGGCCCUCUGUGUGACCUUCGAUGAGCGCCGUGACAACGUCAAGACACCAGGCGCGGUCGCCAGCCGGGUGACAGCACCAGAUGCGGGUGAGGUUGGGCAUGCGGCCGCCCCACCUCAUGGCCACGUUGACGGGCAUCGCCUGCCAGAAGGCCCUGUCGGCGGCCCUGGAGCAGGCGAUGUCCGCCUGGCGGCACUGAGCCCCGGCCUCCGUGGCGAUGCUCUUGUUGAAGAGCGGCCACACGCCAUAGCCGGAGAUGAGAACGAGGGCCUCGCGCGACAGACGCCUCCCAGUUACCGGUCCCUCAUUGGUUGCACAUCGUCCCGACUGAUGGAUCAAACGAAAGGAUGUGCCGGUCGUGCCAGCCAUCCUGCACACACCAUCACUACCUCUACCCCCUGCACACAAAUGGACGGCAGCGAAGCGGGCGAUUUCUCCGUGUGUGCACUUCUCUCUCUCUGUCUGUGGGUGGGGUGGGUGUGUAUGCCCAGCCAAUGCCUGACCUCGGUUCUGACCUCUACUCACUGUAUUCAAUGCCUUGUCCAUGCUUCAGUCCGUCGAGAAAGCCUCCCUGGUAUUUGACCUUGCCCUGUAUCCAAAACACCGGCAUCUGAAGUGUUGAUGGCCCCACUGUUCCCUAAGCCUCACUCACGUUAUAGAAGUGUUCGAUGACCUCUUCACUCUCGUCGAUUUGGUCGUCCUUCCAGUGGCACUUCAAAUGAGGCUUGCCGUUGGGGUAAUAGGUGGUGCCGGGCCCGUUGCGCAUUCCCUCGCUUCACUCGCCCUCGAACUUCUUGCAGCUUGUCCUGUGAUCGUACUCGAUCCCAUGGCCAUGACGCUCGCCGUCCAUCCACCUUCCUUCAUACCUGCGUAAGAAAAUACGGGUGAGACGGGAAGAAAGCGGGUGAAAAGAUGAAAGGUAUUUUGCCUGAUUGCUCACCAGGGAGUACAUCCGUCCUCGUAGAAGAGUGUUCCCGAGCCCUCCUUCUUGCCUCUGGCCCAGCACCCCACGUAGACCUUCCGAGGGGCAACAUUGCGGCCGCUCAGAGCUGAAUGGUGGUUGCGAUAAUCGCCUGCAGACCCACAUGUGGAGCGCGCAGACACAGAUGGGCCGUUUGCGUAUAUCUGAUCGUGCCAUAUACCGGUGACGUAUUCGGUGCCGUAUCCACAUCUGAGUCCGAAAAGCAUCUGGCCCUCAUACCUGACGUUGCCCUGCAUGUGAAUGGCACAAAGACAGACAGGACGGUAUGGAGACGCUCUUUUUCACGUUUCUCAGUAUAAUGCUCUUCAUUCGCCCAUGUGGACUCACUCACGUUGUCGAAGUAUUCAAUGACCUCCUUGCUGUCAUCGACCUGGUCAUCCUUCCAGUGGCACUUGAAGUGAGGGUUGCCGUUCGGAAAAUAGGCUAUGCCGACUCCGUUGCGCAUUCCCUUGCUCCACUGGCCCUCGUACUCUUUCUUGUUGACCAAAUCGCCGUCUCCUUCGUAGUAUUUGAUGCCCUUGCCGUGAAACGCACCCUCGCGCCAGUCUGAGGAACACAAGGAGGCAUCAAAGUCUCUGUAUUCGUGUCCUGUCGGAUUGAGGUUCAUCUUUCGCACCUCCCUCGUAGCGCUUGGCAUUGGGGGGCACAUCAGGAUUGGGAGUGAUGCCCGCAGACAGGACGCCCCAGCCCUCAGGCACCUGUGCCCACAAAGGCAAGAUGGACCUCCUGGCAAUGGAUGAGUUUCAUCCAGCCCCUUUGGUCCAUGCUCACCCCAUUUUGUAUCAUGCCCUCGUACUUGCCCUCGUACUUGCCCUGUGUCCUUUCGAUUGUCGUGUCGCUGCUGGUGGGGAGCACCAUGGCCUGGUGGUGCGUGUGCAUUGGGGUGGGAGUUCCCGGCCGCAUGACUGCUCGUCAAACGACGUGAAGGUCGGGGAGUGGCUGAACAAAGCUUGGGGUGAAGUCGGUAUCCAAGGACCGUUGAAUGGCGUCACCAUAGGAAGAUAAGGCACUGUUUUGCCCUGUUCCCUU